AUGCUGCCUACACACAACAGAAGAACUGGCCAGGAGUUACAUCUGCUUGGUGUAGACAUCACGCACAGGCCAUUGUGGAUUCAAUUCACACUACUUUCGCUAGCUGUUUUUGUAUUUUAUAUUGGAUAUGGAUACAUGCAGGAGCUCAUCUUCAAGUUGCCUGGCAUGAAACCUUACGGCAUGUAUCUAACAUUGUUUCAAUUCAUCAUAUAUAGUGUUUGUGGUUGGGCAGAAGGAUCACUGUAUCAUGAUACGGUGCGAAGAAUCCCUCUAAGAAUCUAUUUUCUAUUGGCGUUUUUCACUGUAGCAACCAUGGGUCUUUCGAAUGCAUCUGUUGGAUACCUCAACUAUCCCACACAGCGCCGCGAAGGUAAUUUUAAAUGUUGUAAGCUUGUGCCGGUUCUGAUUGGUGGAAUACUUAUACAAGGGAAACGAUAUGGAUGGUUAGAUUUAUUUGCAGCUGUGCUUAUGAGCAUAGGACUCAUUAUGUUCACUCUUGCCGACAGCAAUGUAUCUCCUAAUUUUGAUCCCAGAGGAUAUGUGAUGAUUUCCGGCGCUCUUCUUGCAGACGCCGUAAUAGGCAAUAUUCAAGAAAAGAACAUGAAGAAAUAUGGUGGAUCUAGCAACGAAAUGGUCUUGUAUUCCUAUUCCAUAGGUUCUGUGUACUUGUUUCUGUACACGAUCGUUUCUGGAGAACUUUUCAGCGCCUUUCAAUUUUUUCUCGAUAAUCCAUGGAAAACAUACGGUUACUCUCUGAUCUUUGCACUUUUUGGAUAUCUUGGCGUGAACGUUGUGCUUACUCUCAUAAAAGUGUGCGGAGCGCUUGUUGCGGUUACGGUCACAACACUGCGUAAAGCUCUUACUAUCACGCUCUCGUUCAUUCUGUUUUCGAAACCAUUCACUGUGGACUAUGUAUGGGCAGGCCUAGUUAUACUCGCAGCUAUUUACCUGAACUUGUACAGGUAA